CCAGGGGAGAGCAUCACGAAGCAGGUAGAUGUCCUGGAUGCCACAAAAUCCCCCAGGAGUGGGCAGUCACGCCGCAAAACUUCCAGGAGCAUGAGCCUGACCACGGCCAUGGAGAGCAGCUGCGAGCUGGACCUGGUGUACAUCACGGAGCGGAUCAUCGCCGUCUCCUACCCCAGCGCGGCUGAGGAGCAGAGCUUCUGCAGCAAUCUCCGUGAGGUGGCCCACAUGCUGAAGUCCAAGCAUGGGGACAACUACGUGCUUUUCAACCUCUCCGAGCGGAGACAUGACAUCAGCAAACUUCACCCCAAGGUGCUGGAUUUCGGGUGGCCUGACCUGCACACCCCAGCGCUGGAGAAGAUCUGCAGCAUCUGCAAAGCCAUGGACACGUGGCUCAACGCGGGGGCGCACAACGUGGUGGUGCUGCACAACAAGGGGAACCGUGGCCGGCUGGGGGUGGUGGUGGCUGCCUACAUGCACUACAGCAACAUCUCAGCCAGUGCCGACCAGGCUCUGGACAGGUUUGCCAUGAAGCGCUUCUAUGAGGACAAGGUAGUGCCAGUGGGGCAGCCAUCCCAGAAGAGGUACAUCCAUUACUUCAGCGGGCUCCUGUCUGGCAGCAUCAAGAUGAACAACAAGCCCCUCUUCCUCCACCAUGUCAUCAUGCACGGCAUCCCCAACUUCGAGUCGAAAGGCGGUUGUCGGCCCUUCCUGAAAAUCUACCAGGCCAUGCAGCCCGUCUACACCUCUGGGAUCUAUAAUGUGCAAGGAGACAGCCAGACAGGCAUCUGCAUCACCAUCGAGCCUGGCUUGCUCCUCAAGGGCGAUAUCUUGCUGAAGUGUUACCACAAGAAGUUUCGCAGCCCAACCCGUGAUGUGAUUUUCCGUGUGCAGUUCCACACGUGCGCUGUGCAUGACCUCGAUGUCGUCUUUGGCAAGGAGGACCUGGAUGAGGCCUUCAGAGAUGACCGUUUCCCUGAGUAUGGGAAGGUGGAGUUCGUGUUCUCCUAUGGCCCUGAGAAGAUCCAAGGCAUGGAGCACCUUGAGAACGGGCCCAGCGUCUCCGUGGACUACAACACGUCUGACCCGCUCAUCCGGUGGGAUUCCUAUGAGAACUUCAACAUCCAGCGUGAGGACAGCACGGAAGGCACCUGGGCUGAGCCGCCCCUGCCCGGCAAGCACCUGGAGAAAGCUGCCGCCUCCCGCCAGGACAAGCCGGCGGGACCCCUGCUCUCCUCCCUCUCGGCCCAGCCCAUCACCGGUCUCUACGCCCGGCCGGCUCCCCAAGUGGCCCAGCCGAGGUCUUUCGGCACCUCCGUGAGCCCCGUGGUCUCUGAGCCUGGGGGCAAAGUCUAUUCUCCUGGGGAGCCAGACUAUGGGGUGCAUGAGUACCGGGAAACCUAUUCGCCCUACAGCUACCAGCCGGCACCGGUGCCGGAGCCGAGGAGCUACAGCCAUGCCCCAGCUGGAGCACCGAUGGGCAUCCUCCCGCUCAGCACCUCCUACAGCCCCGUGGGGUCUCAGCAGCUCCUCGUGUCCUCCCCGCCUUCCCCCAGCGUCCCACCACAAACCCAGAUGCCACCCAAGGGACCAGAGAGCUACGAAGACCUGUCGAGGUCGGCAGAAGAGCCCUUGAAUCUGGAGGGCCUGGUGGCCCACAGGGUGGCAGGGGUGCAGUCCCGGGAGAAGCCCCCAGAGGAGAUUGCUGUCCCUGCCCGCAAGCGGACCCCCAGCGACAGCCACUAUGAGAAGAGCUCGCCGGAGCCCGGCUCGCCCCGCAGCCCCACUGUCCUCUCGCCCGAGGUGGUCAGCACCAUCGCGGCCAACCCUGGAGGGAGGCCCAAAGAGCCUCACCUCCACAGCUACAAGGAAGCCUUCGAAGAGAUGGAGGGUGCCUCCCCCACCAGCCCACCCUCCAGCGGCGUGCGUUCUCCUCCCGGCCUGGCCAAGACCCCGCUCUCAGCACUGGGGCUGAAACCCCACAACCCGGCCGAGAUCCUGCUGCACCCAGUGGGAGAGCUAGAAGGGGAGGCGGGCGGUGACUCUGAAGAAGAGCCCAGGAGCUAUGUCGAAUCGGUGGCCCGCACGGCCACGACAGGCAGGGGAGGGACCUUGCCCGCCACCCAGCCCGGGGGCCCAGAGGUGCCUGCCAGGAACGGCACCUUCGCCAACUCCUUCACCGCCCCCAGUCCCGUCUCCACCAGCAGCCCCAUUCACAGCGUGGACGGGAGGCCUCCCUCCACACCGUCCUUCCCCGUCUCGCCGGCGUAUUACCCCGGCACGAGCACGCCGCACUCCUCCUCCCCGGACUCGGCCGCCUAUCGCCAGGGCAGCCCCACGCCACAGCCCGCACUGCCUGAGAAGCGGCGGAUGUCGGCCGGGGACCGCUCCAACAGCUUGCCCAACUACGCCACCAUCAAUGGCAAGGCGUCCUCGCCCCUCUCCAGUGGCAUGUCCAGCCCCAGCGGUGGGAGCGCCGUCACCUUCUCCCACACCCUGCCGGACUUCUCCAAGUUCUCCAUGCCAGACAUCAGUCCCGAGACUCGUGCCAACGUCAAGUUUGUGCAGGACACUUCCAAGUACUGGUACAAACCAGAGAUCUCCAGAGAACAGGCCAUCGCGCUGCUGAAGGACAGGGAGCCGGGGGCUUUCAUCAUUCGAGACAGCCACUCCUUCCGGGGAGCCUAUGGACUCGCCAUGAAAGUAGCUUCUCCGCCUCCCACGGUCAUGCAGCAGAACAAGAAAGGAGACAUGACCAACGAGUUGGUGAGGCACUUCCUCAUUGAGACCAGCCCGCGGGGUGUGAAACUAAAAGGAUGCCCCAACGAGCCCAAUUUUGGCUGCCUCUCGGCGCUGGUGUACCAGCACUCCAUCAUGCCCUUGGCCCUGCCCUGCAAACUGGUCAUUCCCGACCGAGAUCCCAUGGAGGAAAAGAAAGACACCGCGUCAGCCAGCAACUCAGCCACUGACCUCUUCAAACAGGGUGCGGCCUGUAACGUCCUCUUCAUCAAUUCGGUGGAGAUGGAGUCGCUGACGGGCCCCCAGGCCAUUGCAAAGGCCGUUGCUGAGACGCUGGUGGCUGACCCCACACCCACCGCUACCAUUGUCCACUUCAAAGUCUCUGCACAAGGCAUCACCUUAACCGACAACCAGAGGAAAUUGUUCUUCCGACGACACUACCCCCUCAACACCGUCACCUUCUGCAACCUGGACCCCCAGGAACGAAAGUGGACUAAAACUGACGGCAGUGGCCCAGCCAAGCUCUUCGGCUUCGUGGCCAGGAAGCAAGGGAGCACCACAGACAACGUCUGCCAUCUCUUUGCCGAGCUGGACCCAGACCAGCCGGCUGCAGCCAUCGUCAACUUUGUCUCCAGGGUCAUGCUUGGCUCCGGCCAGAAAAGAUGAGCCGGUGCUUGCGGGUGAUUCUUGAAUUUUGGAGAAGGACUUGGAGCUGAUCCGAGAAGGAGUGUGAGGAAGUGCAUUGUGGGAGAGGGAAGUGAAUCGGGGGGGGGGG